AUGGAUUACCACCUGCUUGGACUAAUUUUAUCUUUUCUCUUCAAUGGCACAAAGGUCUUAGCCGGUUACCCAAUUUGGUGGUCCCUUGCACUAGGUCAGCAGUACAGCUCUCUGGGGUCCCAGCCCAUCCUCUGCGGCUCCAUCCCCGGCCUCGUCCCCAAGCAGCUCCGCUUCUGCCGCAACUACAUUGAGAUCAUGCCCAGUGUGGCCGAGGGGGUGAAGUUGGGCAUCCAAUGCCAGCACCAGUUCCGGGGCCGGCGCUGGAACUGCACCACCAUCGAUGACAGCCUGGCCAUCUUCGGGCCAGUCCUGGACAAAGCUACACGAGAGUCUGCCUUUGUCCACGCCAUCGCAUCGGCAGGGGUGGCCUUCGCUGUAACCCGCUCCUGUGCUGAGGGCACGUCCACCAUCUGCGGCUGUGACUCCCAUCACAAAGGACCUCCGGGAGAUGGCUGGAAAUGGGGGGGAUGCAGCGAAGAUGCUGACUUCGGCGUGUUGGUGUCCCGGGAAUUCGCUGAUGCCCGAGAGAACCGGCCGGACGCGCGCUCAGCCAUGAACAGACACAACAACGAGGCCGGCAGGACGACCAUCCUGGACCACAUGCACUUGAAGUGCAAGUGCCACGGUCUCUCAGGAAGCUGCGAGGUGAAGACCUGCUGGUGGGCCCAGCCUGAUUUCCGGGCUAUUGGUGACUACCUGAAGGACAAAUACGACAGCGCCUCCGAGAUGGUGGUUGAAAAGCACCGUGAAUCUCGGGGAUGGGUAGAAACUCUGAGGGCCAAGUACGCUCUUUUCAAGCCACCAACGGAGCGGGAUCUGGUCUACUAUGAGAACUCCCCCAAUUUCUGUGAGCCCAACCCAGAGACAGGCUCCUUUGGGACAAGGGACAGAACAUGCAAUGUCACCUCCCAUGGGAUCGAUGGCUGUGACCUGCUGUGCUGCGGUCGUGGCCACAACACCAGGACUGAGAAACGGAAGGAGAAGUGUCACUGCAUCUUCCACUGGUGCUGCUACGUGAGCUGCCAGGAGUGCAUACGUGUCUAUGAUGUCCACACCUGCAAGUAAACAUAGGUAGGUCUCCAGCUGAUGGGAGGUUGCUCCAGAGCAGGGCCAAGGGGUCCAUCAACCCUGUGAUCAGCCCCCACAUGGUGGCCUCACGCUUCAGAGGAUGGCAUUAAAAAACCCUGAUGCCC